UCAACAUCACUAACAAUUGCUUUCAUUGUUUUAGAUUAUGGAUACGGUCAUCCGGGUGCGUUUAGCCCGUUCCUGUUGAACCCCGGCUGGCUGGAUGCGGCUUACCUCAACUACGCGUGGGCAGACUACUUCAGACCACCGCAAAUGCGAGACCAAACCGCCACGCUCAUUAAAGGUGCUGCCGGCCCAAUAACAACAUCACCGGUAACAUUACCCGGAGCAGAAUUGUUCCCGUUCCCACCAGCAAUUUCGAAUCUUCCUCCAGCGGGUCUGAUCCCUCCUCCCGGUGCUUUCCUACCGCCAAAUGGGCUCCUACCAUUUGGUCCGCAUCCGGCUGACCUAGCAAUGAAAGCCCUACCACCAGAACUGACACUGAAGAACGGCAUCAAUCCUUAUGAAGCACUAAGACACUUACAAAGCAACGUUUCUUCAAUGGAUACAUCGAGUGCUCGCUUGUCACCGACGAGUAGCCGACAGAGUGGUAGCCCAAGAAGUGUAAACAAUGCUAGUCCUGAUAGAUCGAAAGCUGAUUCGAAGUCGGAAGUUAACUCAAUUCACGAUGCCACAAUCUCCGAUGAAUCAGACGAAGAAACCAUUGAAGUAGUGAAGUCUGCUUUCCAUCCGACCAGACCAGCGAAUGUUGAGCUUCAAGAGAUGAAGCGGGUUCAGGCCGCUGACUCCACGGUAUCAGACAGGCCGCGAGCUCGAAAUGAGUUAAAAGCACCUUCACAGCGUACCACGAGAAUGUUGUCGUCUAGUCCUACAUCCACCAAGAUUUCGAACGGUUCGUUAGCGACGCACAAAUCUGUGUGGCGGCCAUAUUGACUGUAUAGUGCUAGUGACCUUAGUACGUGAUAGUUAUGUAUCCAUCGUGAUGGUGGAUUUGUUGAAAUGUGAUAAACCAAUGAGCUUGUACAUAAUACAUAUAGGUAUUAAAAAUCCUUUGAUUUAUAUCAGAUAUUUAUUGUUAGAUUUAUUUAGAUGAUAGAGUUUAGACUAGCAAAGUAAAUGUUGAUAGAUUAUUUGUUACUUUUAUUGCAGAUGUGUUCAAGCUUGUCUAUAAUAAUUAUUUCGUAACUUUAAUAACUGUAAAUCGAUUUUUAAAUGUAAAGUUUUAUUAUUCUUCG